AUGUCUAUUAAUAUAAUGAGUGAACAGUUGUUUCGCAAUCACUUGCUGUCCAUUGAAUGCAAACAAAUCGCUUCAGACAUGCAUUCAAUCGAUAAUCUGUUUGCAGAUGACGUCCAACGAAGACAAUUGGGCUUCAGGACUGAGCCCUACAUCCGACCCCCAAUUGAGAUCACUUUGCGGUCGACUUUCAAAGUGAAUGUCAAAGAGUUGGAGAUCGGACUCAAACUCAACGAUAAUAAAAGCGAUUCAUUGGAGAUCUCUUCGGCCAGUGAUUCGCAAGAGUUUCAGAUAAUUACCAAACAAUUCAAUUGUCACUCAUUUGACUCGUUGUGUCUCAAGAAUGUCUGCUUUCGACUCAAUUCCACAUUAAGUUCACUGAACACGAGUGCCACACAACGAGACAACUGUCCCCUCAGACACACCACUCGUGUCCACGCAAUCAAGUGCUUCAAGAAUUGCUUCCAAAUAAAUGCCAUUAAAAUCAAAAUCUUCAGAACAGCCAACUCUUCGGUUCCGUGUCUUAGUUAUCUAAACAUAUGGUGUCAACCAAUAGGACAAACGGAUCCCAAGAUUUUGCACCAAAUUCUAGACAUCUUUUCAAAACAGCGUCCAAACAGUGGUUCAAAGCGUUUGAGUUUUUAUAACUCAACCGAUGAUUCAAAUAACGAGACUAUCAGUGAAAGCACUUCUAAACGAAAGUUGGAUUCAAUUGAUUGUUCCCAAAGUGACCACAAGUCUGUGAUUCCCGAAGAGUUCAUCGAUUCGAUCACAAAUGAGGUGAUGAUUGAUCCCAUUCUUCUGCCUUCUGGUCAUUCUGUGGACAAAACCACUUUAGAUAAGUAUGUGUCAGAAGAGGCCAAAUGGUGUCGCCGUCCGUCCGACCCGUUCACGCAAUUGGUGUUCACAGGGGAACGACAGCCCAAACCAAACUAUAUUCUCAAACAAAGAAUCGACGAAUUCUUGAGCCAAUUGUGCGGUCAGUCCAGUGAUGAACGACUCGAGCCCUCAAACAAACGCCGAAUCGUUGGCUAUAAUUGUGUUAAUAAUAGGAAUCAAUUGAUUUCCAGUAAACUGUUGGCCAGUAAUGCGUGGGACGGGAGGGCCGGCAGUAGUAGUAGUAGUUCUGAAGCUAAACAAGUGGUGAAUAACCAGCAAAAAAUCUCCAGUAAAAGUCCAAAUCUGUGA